GCUUGUAAUAAUAUUACAUCUAUAGACAUACACAUAAAACCCUCAAAACACAAGUUGUGUGUGUAACUUCGAAGAAAAAUGAAAAACAAAAUGCGCAGCAAAGUCCAUCCUUACAAAUUACAUUCCCAUAUCUCCGACGACGUCCUCAGCCUCCUCCCGGCGGCCAUCCUCGCCGUCGUCUCCGCCCUCCCCGCCGACGACCUCGAAGUUCUCCUCUACAUGCUCACAAGGUCCAUCAAAUCCACUACCACCACCACCACCCCUCAGUGCUGCCGCGCCGCCACCACCUCGCCGCCGCUCUCCCACUUCGACUGCGACUGCUUCCACUGCUACACCGCCUUCUGGCUCCGCUGGGACUCCUCCCCCAACCGCCACCUCAUCCACCGCGCCAUUGACGCCGUCGAGGACCGCACCCACCACUCCAACCGAACCAAGACCCGCCGGAAGGACAAAAUACCUCGCCGGAAAACCGCCAGUGCACCUUCCGGAGAGGCUCUUCAUCCACCGGCGACGGAAUCUCCGGCGACUCGAGAAGACGCCGCUGCGUCGGAGAAAGAGAAGAAAGAUCCCGACUUUAAGGAAGUAGAGCGCACGGCGGAGGUUCAACUCGCCCCGGCGGCGCCGCCGUCUAGGCAUAAGGCGUUGGCCAGGAAGGUGUUGCCGGACGUCAUUGGAAUAUUCAGUUCGCCUUUGUGGAGCCUUUGGAGUCCGAAAGUAACUGUCCGUGCUGGUAUGUCAAUAGCGAGGGGACAGUAUUAACGAAGGAAAGCAUCGACAAUAUCAUGAAUGGAAGAGCAGCUUGAAGCUGCCUCUUCAAUUUCACCUUUAAUUCAAACAAAGUACUCCAUCGUUGUUUAAGAACAAAAGCUACGGCUUGUGCUCCGUCCCCGGCUCCAAUCAGAAGCGAAACCAAGAGAUA